AUGUUUCCCGGCCGCUCGCCCUGCCCGCCGCCCGCCUGAGCCUCCCGGCGGCCGCCCCCGGCCCGGCCCGGCCCGGCCCGGCCCGGCGGCCGCCCGUCUGCUCCGGUGAGUGCGGCCUGCUCCGCCCCAGCCCGCGGCCUCCGUGUGGGGUCUCAGCCCAGCGUCGGCCUGCCAACACACGGGCAGCUCGGAGCAGCUGUGGCCUACGGGCGGGGAGAGACUCGGCGGUGGGGCUGCUUCCUCGGGCUGCCCUGAGCACACAACACACGGCUCGCUGAGCAGAGCGGCGGACGGAAGGCUCCGUUGGUGUUUGGCACCUUGGAGGAGGAAGGAUGGCUCAGGAGACGAACCAAACCCAGGUGCCUCUGCUGUGUACCACUGGCUGCGGGUUCUAUGGCAGCCCACGCACCAACGGGAUGUGCUCCGUUUGCUAUAAGGAAUUUCUACAGAGGCAGCAGAGCAGUGACCGGAUAAGCCCUCCAGCAGCCAGCAGUCCCAGCAGCAGCCCUGUGGCAUCAGACUCCAUCGCUGGGCAGCGAGCAGAGGAGGACUCCACAGCGGAGGAUGCGAAAGCCAGUGCUCAGACUCCUGUGACCCACCAGAUGACAGCCAUGAGCAUAUCCAGAGAAGAAGGCAGCAGUGAGGCAGAAGGGCUCGCCAAGACAGAAGAGGCCACCCCAGCAUCUUCCUCAUCAGGUACUCUCCUUGAAACAUCACAGAGUGCAGCUGAGGAUAAAACAUCUCCGGAGAAACCGAAACAGAAGAAGAAUCGCUGCUUCACGUGCCGGAAGAAGAUAGGGCUGACUGGCUUCGACUGUCGCUGUGGGAAUCUGUUCUGUGCCAUUCACCGAUACUCAGACAUGCACGCCUGCCCCUACGACUACAAGGCAGAAGCUGCUGAGAAGAUCCGGAAGGAGAACCCCGUCGUUAUAGCUGAGAAGAUCCAGAAGCUGUGAACGGGGCUGAGCAGCUCGAACUCCAGCCUGGUAGCCUGGUGCUCCUCCCUGUCCUCCCAGCCUUCCCCCCUCCUCCCAGCCCCGUCAGUGGAUAUGGGGAUCCAGCAGCACAUGCAAACCAGCACCCGGACCGGGAUACUCCUUGCACCUCCUUGACAGAAGCAUGGUGUCCCUCCUCUCCCUGCAGUCCUUCAGGGCUCAGCAGAUCCAUUUCUGUCCAGCUUUCACGAGGACACGGGCCCGACCGCCUCACCCGCUGCAGCACUGAGACCACUGCAUUUCUCUUCCCCCGCCAGCCCACCCCUUCGUCCCACGGCUCCAGGUCCUGCAGACUGCCUGGGACUCAUGGCUGGAGCUCCUGAGCUGCCUCCAGACUCCCCUCCCUCCACCCCAUCCCCUCCUCCCGAUGGCUGCAGAGCGGGGAGCUGAGGAGCCCCGGCCCCAUUCCCCGAGAGGUGUUUGGUCUCAGAUGCAGCAAAGAGGAUUCUGUAGUUUUAAUGCUCCCGACCCCACUCCCCUUUUCCCUUUGAGAAGCUGUUGUUGAAGCAACUGCAUCGUUAAGCUGCAGAGUAUGGCACAGUAAAGUUAUUUUGUGGCUUGCCGUGA